AUGCAGUACAUAGGACAUGAAUCACUAGCAAGGCACGAGAAUCUAGAGGAAUGGAUGGAGGAGGUACGUAAGAACAAUAGUUAUGUGAAGAUUGUACCUCGUGUGCUGUUCGAUGAUUGGUCACCUGAUCAUAUCAAUCAGUUUAUUCAACAUGAGGCAUGGAUGAAUCGCUGUCUAGGAGAUCUGAUUAAUCUUCUUACACGCAGUAAUUUCGAUGGUGCGGUGAUAGAGUUUUGGUCAAAGGUUAUGAUUCAUACUCGAGGGGAAGCUGUAAAUUUGCUCGUCGAAAUGAUGAAUUCUUGGGGAUCAACUUUUCAUAAGCGAAAUAUGCAAUUCAUCUUAGCCGUUGGUCCUGCACUUAAUCCAAAAAAUCAAAUAACAAAAAUGCUAACCACGUCACAUCUUUACGCAUUGGCCGAAAAUGUCGACUAUAUACAGAUGAUGACUUACGAUUUUCCUUCGACAAGUCCUUCGGGGGUGGCUCCAUACGACUGGGUUGAACAGAAUGUCAAGUCGCUUUUAGAUCGAGCACCACCAGACUUGGCCAUCCAUUUGAUGCUUGGUUUAAACCAUUACGGUUAUGAAUACACUAGUGAUGGGAUGCAGGCGAUUAAUUUUGAUCAAUACUUGAAAAAAUUGAGGCAAGCGGACAACAAGCUGGAGUGGGAUGCUAACGCGAAAGAACACGUUCUUGUUACAUUUGACUCGAAAAUCUACUAUCCAUCGUUGACGUCGGUUGAAAUGCGCUUGAAUAUCGCCCGCAAAUACGGCGUAGGUGUUGGAAUUUGGGACUUCGGUCAAGGAUUAAACUACUUCACUCAGCUUCUGUGA